AUGGAACCGCUGGCCGCGCCGCCGGUGCGGCGCUCAAACCGGGAUCGUCGGGAGGCGCGCAAGGCGGCGGCCGCGGCAGCUAAGGCCGCAGUCCACCGGCAGGCGCUCGAGGCGAGGGCCUGGCGCAGGCUCUACGAGGACCUCGCGGCGGCGCUGGGCGCUGCGGGCGCGGAUGGCGAACUGAGCAGGCGCUUGGCUGCGGCCGCCCCUGCUUUGGGCGCCCUCGUCCGCGGGGAGGAGCCGACGGCGGUGGCUCGCCUGAGGCGCAACGUGGCCCUUCACGCGGUGGCGGAGGGCAUCGACGCGGGCGUCUGCGGCGGGGCCUUCAAGAAGGUGCCGUUCCACCUGGAGCUCGAGGAGGAGACUGUGCUGGAGAGCGCGGCCCCCAAGGCGGUCGAGUCGGGCGCCGAGUGUGUGACAAAGGAUCCGUACGGGAGGAUCCACGUGGAGAGCGAGGCGGCGACCACGGGCUGGUUAGCACCAGGCACGUGGCAGCUGAAGGACCCCGCGACGGAGGCCGAGAUCUUUGUCUAA